GCUUCAUAGCUCCCGUCAUACUGAGUGGCAAGAGCUUUGCCGCAGGGGCAUCAAUUCGGAUGAAGCACUUCCUGAGAGCUUAAGCCCACGAUGGGAGGCCUGGAGGAGUAGUCUGCAAGCUUUAAGGGAAAUCAAGAUACCCAGAUGCAACCAUCCUCCAGACUUCGGUAACACAGUGAAGCUGGAACUACACCACUUUUCCGAUGCCAGCAACAUAGGAUAUGGUGCCUAUUCGUACCUUAGGUACAAGAAUGACAUAGGUCAAGACCAUUGCAUCUUCGUAAUGGCUAAAGCAAAAGUCGCGCCGACGAAUAUCAAGAGCCUCCAAAGACUUGGACUCUCAGCUGCAGUUACCGCAGCAAAGUUGAGUGUCAUGUUGAAAGCAGAACUUGAAAUAGAAAUUGACGAAGAAUUCUUCUGA